UAUUCCAAAUCGAGUGCAACAUAAUAUAUUUAUUAUCCCAUUUAUUAUUCAAGAUUGUGGGACAACUGGACAAUGUAACUAACUUAACUACCUCUCAGAAGAUGAAAAAUGCAUGGAGAGCUCUCUUCAGUACCAGCACAAACUUCAAUUCUCACAUACAAACAUGCGUUUCCCUCUUAAAUAACUUCACAAACCACAACUUGGUCACUCAAGGAAGUGCCCUCCAUGCACAUGUACUAAAAACAGGUGCUUUCAAAGAGCGAUUUGUGGCUGUUAAGCUGCUGAUAAUGUAUCUUACAAAUAGAAGAACUCGUGAAGCUAACGAGGUUGUAAAGGAGUUUAACGGGUUUGAUAUUGUUGUCCAUAACUGUUUGAUUAGUGCUAAUAUUCAAUGGGGAAAUCUUGACCAAGCUCAAAGGUUAUUCGAUGAAAUGCCUGAAAGAAAUGAGUUCUCUUGGACGGCUUUGAUUUCUGGUUAUAUGAGACAUGGACGAGUUGAAGAAUCGAUUUGGUACUUUGAGAGGAACCCAUUUCAGAAUGUGAUUUCUUGGACUGCCGCUAUUAGUGGAUUUGUUCAAAAUGGGUAUAGUUUUGAAGCUUUGAAGCUUUUCUUGAAGCUACUUGAAUCUGGGGUUAAUCCGAAUGCGGUUACUUUUUCUUCUAUCCUUAGAGCUUGUACAGUGUUUGGUGAUUUUCAGUUGGGGAUGUGUAUUUUUGGAUUAACUGUUAAGGCUGGAUUUGAAGGGAAUAUAUCAGUUUCAAAUUCUUUGAUUAGUUUAUGUGUGAAGAUGGGUAAAAUUGAUUUGGCUAGAAGGGCGUUUGAUCAGAUGGAGAAGAAAGAUGUUGUUUCUUGGACUGCAAUACUAGAUAUGUAUGUUAAGAAGGGAGAGUUGGGAGAAGCACGUAGAAUAUUUAAUGAGAUGCCGGAAAGAAAUGAAGUUUCUUGGAGUGCUAUGAUUGCAAGAUAUAGUCAGAGUGGCUAUCCUGAAGAGGCUUUGAAACUCUUUCGCCAAAUGGUGCAAGAUGCUUUUAAACCAAAUACCUCGUGUUUCUCUACUGUUCUUUGUGCUUUGGCUAGUUUAAAGGCUUUACAACUUGGAAUGAACAUACAUGCCCAUGUAGUGAAAAUUGGAGUUGAUGGUGAUGUUUUCAUUUGUAGCUCUCUUAUUGAAUUGUACAGUACAUGCGGUGAAACUAAAGAUGGACGAUUAGUGUUUGACUGGAUUGUGGCAAAAACUGUGGUUUCAUGGAAUACUAUGAUUAGCGGUUACAGUCUGAAUGGCCAAAUGGAAGAAGCCAAGGAGUUGUUUGAUCAUAUGCCCAUGCGAAAUGAUAUCUCUUGGAGUGCCAUAAUUUCUGGUUAUUUAGAACAUAAACAAUUUGACAAGGUGUUUGAAAUAUUUAAUGAGAUGCUUUUGUCAGGUGAAAUUCCAAAUAAGUCCACUUUCACAAGUGUGCUUUCUGCUUCUGCCAGCAUGGCCUCAUUAGAGAAAGGGAAGGACCUUCAUGGUAAAGUUGUUAAACUUGGGCUUCAGUAUGACGUUUUUGUAGGAACUGCACUCACUGAUAUGUAUGCAAAAUCUGGGGAUAUUGAGAGCUCUAAGCAGGUGUUUGAUAGAAUGCCCAAAAAGGAUGAAAUCACUUGGACUGUGAUGAUUCAAGGACUUGCAGAAAGUGGUUUUGCAGAGGAAGCUCUUACUUUGUUCGAGGAAAUGGAGAAAACGUCUGUUGCUCCAAGUGAGCUCAUGCUAUUAUCAGUUCUAUUUGCUUGUUCUCAUUCUGGUUUAGUUGAUAAAGGACUUAAAUACUUCAACUCAAUGGAGACUGUUUAUCAAAUAAAGCCUAGGGGAACGCAUUAUACUUGUGUGGUAGAUAUGCUAUCGAGGUCGGGACGCCUCUCUGAAGCUGAAAAUUUUAUUAACUCUAUGCCAUUUCAACCUGAAUCCAAUUCAUGGGCAGCUCUUUUAAGUGGUUGUAAGACUUAUAAAAAUGAAGAGAUAGCUGAGAGAAUGGCUAAAAGGCUUUGGCAACUGACACAGAAAAACCCAGCAGGAUAUGUCUUGUUGUCAAAUAUUUAUGCUUCAGCAGGCAGAUGGACUGAUGUUAUGAAUAUAAGGAAGUUAAUGAACAAGAAAGGACUGAAGAAGAGUGGAGGGUGUAGUUGGGUUGAAGUGAGAAAUCAAAUCCAUUCCUUCUCUUCUGAAGACGGAACACACUCUCAAUCAACUGAACUUUAUCAAAUUUUGGAGCUUUUAACGUCAGAAAUGUUUGUUUGUGAGAAUCCAACAUCAAUUAAAGUAUGACAUUUUAGGACAGAUCAAAGAAGCCAGAUUUUCAAUGAGAUGUUUAUAUAAUGUUAUCAUACUCCAGGUCAAAACUCAUGCUUUGGAUAUUAGAGGAGGUUGCUUCUGGGCUGUUUAUGAGGUAGACCAAAACUCAUAUCCCAAAUUUUAGCUUCAAUCUUGAAGUAAAUAAUUCUGUGUUUAUAGUUACAGCAAAUAGACUGUUUUCAAGUUCUAACGGAGUUGCCUCUGACUUCCCUGGUUCAUUUCAAAAUCUUUGAUGUCCUUGAUUUUGUUGGAUCAAAUAAUUUUCUUGAAUUUUUACUUAAAGGUACCUUGAUAAGCCCGCAUUGCGGAAUGCUUUAUGAAUGUAUAAUCAUCCCAUCUCUAUCGCUUUCAGCAUUGUUGUCGAUUCUUUUUAAGAAGUUAGAUUGUAUUAAAAUUGGAAGAGAGACUAUUAUUAGAUAUACAAUUGAGAGUAAGCUUCACCUGCAAGAUGAAAGGAAGUUUCUGUAUAGUCGGAAAUUUAGGAGGGUGAGUUUGCUGGAAGUUUUGGAUUGUAAGUCUCCUUAAGGUCUAUUCUGCUCCCUCGAAUUCAUUAUGAAGUUCACUUUCUUCAUAUGGCAGCAAGAUUCUGAAGGAGAAUAUACAUAUUUCUUCUGAAAUCUGCAAGAAGACAUUUGUGAAGCUUGGAGUGGGAAAUUAUAGUAAAUCCAAAUUUCUGCUUCAAAUUCUGUGGUUUCAAUAUUUUAGCAACUCCAUUCAUUCUUCUUUAUGUAUAAUUUUACAUUAUUUCUAUCCGGACAAGUGGUAGAAACACAUUCAUCAAUAUAUUUGAAGUGUUUGGGGAUAUUGUUUACUUGAACGAUGACUACUUUUGUGCUUUCAGGGUGCGGAGAAAUACUUCCAAUCGUCUCACCCUGUUGAUAUGUGAGACUGUACAACAAUUAUAUGUGUUAAAUAUAUGUAAAAUGAGGUAGAAUAAGUAAGAAUUGAAACAUUUUGAUAA